AUGGCAACUCCGCCUACCUAUGCUUUAUUCCUCUCUGCGUUCUGCGUCUGCAGCCACAGGACCAAAUCCUCGGGCUGGCCGCCCCCCUCAGGGACCUGGAGUGCUGGACAGGGACCCCCAAAUGGAUGGGACAUGAGCACCAAUAGAGAGGGGCGUGACUGCUACAUCAACCACUCACAGAGCAGCUCUCUGGAGGAAGUUCGCCUGGACGUUGACAAGUUUGUGCCACCGGCGCCCCGGAAGGUGGAGAUGAGGCGGGACCCUGUUCUUGGCUUUGGAUUUGUGGCAGGCAGUGAGAAACCUGUGGUGGUCCGUUCCGUCACACCAGGGGGUCCAUCAGAAAGCAAACUGGUUCCAGGGGACGAGAUCGUCAUGAUUAAUGAUGAGCCGGUCAGCUCAGCGCCCAGGGAGAGAGUUAUUGACCUUGUCAGGAGCUGCAAAGAGUCCAUAUUACUGACCGUUGUUCAGCCGUAUCCUUCACCAAAAUCAGCAUUCAUCAGCGCAGCAAAGAAGGCCAAGUUAAAGACGAAUCCUGUUAAAGUCCGCUUCGCUGAAGAGGUCAUCAUCAAUGGACAGGUCCCAGAAACAGUGAAGGACAACUCCCUCCUUUUCAUGCCAAAUGUUCUGAAGGUGUACCUGGAGAACGGGCAGACUAAAUCAUUUAAAUUUGACUGCAACACAUCCAUUAAGGACGUCAUCUUGACCCUGCAAGAAAAGCUAUCCAUUAAAAGCAUCGAGCACUUUUCUCUGAUGCUGGAGCAAAGAGCUGAGGGAUCUGCCAGCAAACUUAUGCUCCUGCAUGAACAGGAGAUGCUAACUCAGGUGACACAGAGGCCAGGGGCACACAAGAUGAAGUGCUUUUUUCGGAUCACAUUUGUCCCAAAGGAUCCUGUGGACCUGUUGAGGAGGGAUGCAGUAGCAUUUGAGUACCUCUAUGUUCAGAGCUGUAAUGAUGUGGUGUUGGAGAGGUUUGGGUCGGAGCUGAAAUAUGACACGGCGCUACGUCUGGCUGCCUUGCAAAUGUACAUUUUAACUAUCAAUACCAAGCAGUCCCAGAAAGUUUCCCUAAAAUAUAUUGAGAAGGAGUGGGGUCUUGCGCUAUUCCUCCCUCCUGCUGUUCUAUCUAGCAUGAAGGAAAAGAAUAUAAAAAAAGCCCUCACCCACAUCCUCAAAACUAACCAAAACCUGGUGCCACCUGGUAAAAAGCUGACUGCCUUGCAAGCAAAGGUCCAUUAUCUGAAGUAUCUCAGUGACUUAAGGCUUUAUGGCGGACGCGUGUUUAAAUCCACGCUCAUUCAAGGUGAGAAGCACACAGAAGUGACUUUGCUGGUGGGGCCCAAAUAUGGCAUCAGUCAUGUGAUAAACACCAAAACCAACCUUGUGGCACUCCUGGCUGAUUUCAGUCACGUUAAUCGCAUCGAGAUGUACACAGAAGAUGAGAACAGGGUUAGAGUGGAACUGCACGUCCUGGAUGUUAAGCCCAUCACUCUCUUAAUGGAGUCUGUUGAUGCAAUGAAUUUGGCUUGUUUGACUGCCGGGUAUUACAGAUUGCUUGUGGAUUCCCGACGCUCCAUCUUCAAUGUGGCCAAAAACACAGACGGCCAUGCCGCUAGAAUUAAGCAAAACUAUCAGGCCAUCGAGUGUGCCUACAGCAUACCACAUAAAGGAUGUGAAGACAGAAGCAACCAGAGGUACAGCCAAGAUUAUUCAGACCACGAGUGUGAAUACCUCGAACACAGCAGAUGCGAGGGCCAGCCCGUGUACAUAACAGAGAUCCACCAGCCCCAGCACACAGGUCAUAUGACAGAGAGGGCAGAGUGCUGCAGAGGGCCUUGCACACAAACCUAUCUCAACAUCCCAAGGGCCAAACCACAGGACUCCUCCAGGAAUGCAAAGGUGUCAUUUAUAUUCGGGGAUCCUCCCUUAGACAGUGUAAACCCCCAAAAUCUGGGCUACCAGAGACUGAUGGAUGAAGGCUCAGAGGCCGCAGACAAUCACAGCCCCAUGUACAGACGCCUUGAAGAGGACUACAAGAUGAUGGAUGCCAUAGAGGAAGGGUAUCCGUACUCCACCAAAAUCUUUGGCCCUACUGAGUGCAUCGAGGAGCCGCUGCUGCAUGAUAUCUGCUAUGCAGAGACCACAGACGACGCGGAGGAUGAGGAUGACAUCAGCUGUGAGGAAGACAUGGCGAUGAGUGACACCGACAAGCCGAUGUUGCUCUCACUCUCAGGGUCCAGCGACGACAUCAUUGACUUAACUUCCCUCCCUCCACUACCGGAGGUCAAUGAUGAGGAGGACAAUGACGUGCUGUUGCACUCUCUAAACAUGGCCAUCGCUGCUCCUCCUCCUGGUUUCAGGGACAGCUCAGAUGAGGAUGAGCAGCAGGCGGCUGGGAUCCGGGCCCAGGAGUCCCGCAACGAUAUUCCAGUUUCCCUAAUAGAUUCAGUGCCCACCCACGGAGCACAGGGCCCUGGGGAGCCUCUGGACGAUGCCAUGGUGUCCACCUUACAGGCACUGGAGGCCCUUGCUGCUUCUGAGGAACAGAGUCCAGCCCAGUCAGAGAGUAGCGCAGGUGUAGAAAUAUCAAGAGCAUUUAGUCCUGAGUCUUCAGAUUCUGGCAAUGAGACAAACUCCUCUGAAAUGACAGAAAGCUCGGAGCUGGCGACUGCUCAGAGACAAUCAGACAACCACCUGAGAAUGCAUGUAGCCAUGACAGAAGGAUACCAUGGCAUGAAUGAGGAAAAGACAGCGAGUGCUCCAAGUGAUGUGCAUCAGGAAGAAGAGGAGGCAAAAUCCUCUGCUGUCGCUUCCUCACAGAUUUUUCACUCAGGUGGCGGUGAGAUGGAACCAGAAACAAUGGAAACAAAGUCAGUUUGUGAAUAUUUUACAAAGACGCACAUGGGCUCAUUAAUGAACAGACAGAGAGGAAAACAGAGGGAGAUGGACACCAGAAUCCAAGGGGAUUCGUGCGACUCCCCAAAUAAAUCACUCAUGACUUCUCAAGACUUAGCUAAAGAGGACCUCCCUCAUCUUGUCGGGAAGUACAAUUCCUUCACUGUGAGAGAUUCCUAUUACAUGAAUCAACUUGAUCUGGGGAGAAGUCACUGUAAAGACAGGCAUCAAAAAUGGCAGCAGAGAGCUCCGGUAAACAAAAUGGCAGAGGAUCGUGCUCCAGAAUGUGUGAAUGACUCACAGGCUUCCCACGCAGAAAGGCUGACAGCAAAGGGGGAGAAGCAAGACACAGAUGAAAGAAGCCAACAGCUAAAUGCCCAUCUCCUCACCCCAUCCAAAGGGCCCGUCCCCGCAGAGAGCGAUCCCACUUUUCAGGAUAAUGAGCAGCAGCAGCAGAUAAAGCUUCCACAGUCAGAGCCAGAUGUCGCACGGUUAUAUGAAUACCAUACGAACAAGCGAAUGUCAUCAAUACAAAGUGAAGGAAUCCAUUCCCUCCAGAGUUCCCAGUGCUCCUCUAUAGAUGCUGGUUGUAGCACUGGCAGCAGCAGCUGUGUCACUCCCAUGGAUUCUCCCCUUUGUGCCACAGAUAGUAUGCAUGUACUGUCAGAGUCUUCACUCAAGGGGUUAAGUUAUGUUACUGCUGAAGAGAAGAUGUACGGGCCCUCAAUGCCGGGGAAAAUGGGUCACCCAAUAGAUCCCACCCUGCUGAGGAAGAUCCACGCAGCCACCAGUGCUGAGCCUGGAUUUGGAAGCCAACGGGACAGCAGUCAUAGAAUGCCCAAGAUAAAAGAGACCACAGCUUGCACAAAGCUGAAGGAGGCUGGGAAAGAGUCAUCUUUAGCGCUCUGUAAUGAGACCAGUUCCACCACCACAAUCAUGUCACCUUCAUCUAUACGAAGUAGCACAGAGCCCAGUGGGCCAACACUGGCCAGUCCUGAGCCUGACCCACACGCCCUGGCGUUCCCUCCAUGUGGAUCUUCAUGUGACCCAACAACAGGCAACCUCAGGAAGCCACGCAGGGUUCGGAUGCUCAGGAGGAGCUGGAGCACCUUAAUGCCAGGUUCCAGAAGUUUAGAAGCACUGAUAGAAAAGACCAAAGCCACACUUACUGGGAAGAAUGAUAAUCAGAACAUGCAGUCUCAAGAUCCCCCAAAUGUGCAGAGGGCAGUCUCAGCCAAAACCUUGCCCAAGAGUAUAUCCCAGGGUUCAGUCUUCUCCAAUUCAUGUGGUAGACAGCUGCUAACAGGAGCCUCACCGUUGUCACUGGAGUCAACAGUUCUGAGGCUGGAUGCAGGCACAUGGAGAUGCCGUGGGCCGUUCAGUAACUGCUUUCUCACAAGAAGGUCAAGCACUCAAAGAAGUGAUGAAGACAGAGAGAUGCCUUCACGUGCCCUGCGCUCCGAGAGCUCAGUUUCUUUCUGUGGUAAGGAAAGUCUACUCCUGAAAGCAGAAUAUAAAGGUAAACAGAGCAGCAAGCCCUCAUCUGUGAAUGACAUGAGCCUCGACGAGAGGCUUGCACUUAUAAAUUCAAUGAAGGGAAAAACGUACAGCCUUCACACAGGGUUUGCACUUGCACGUAAGGAUGCCUUAGAGAUGAUCAGCGUGUUGCGUUUCAGCGUGAGACAUAAGUCCAGAGGUGACGUACCUGAGGCCAAUAAAGCAGAUUUGAAAACGUUCUCCCAGCUGCUUUUCAUGCAGGCCAAAGUACUGAGUGGCGCCUGCAGUCAGAUGGCCAUGGAGUACAGCAGCCCCGAGGAAUUGCUGCUCACUCUGACUCACAGCUUCCACACACUCUGUUGCUUAACACAAGCCAGCAUGUCACUGGUGGAAGGCCUGAGCAGUGAGAACGAACGCCGUGAGGUGAUAGCCAAGGUGGAUGAGGUGGUCAUGAACUAUGCCUGUCUGCUGAAAGCUGCUGAGGCAGCUGCAGGAGGCUCCCCCGGUGACAAAAGUGUGAAUGCAUUGACACAUUACUCUACCACCAUGUCUGCUAUUAUAAACACACUAACUCACUCACUGAAAACACUGCUCAACAGAAAACUCUUUUUUUGCGCCGAUUAUUGA